CGUAGGGCGGUGUACUUCCUGGUUUCUGCGUGUUGUGUGUUGUCGUUAAACCAUAGGGUUGAGCUAUACAGUAAUUUGUCUCAAGGGAUGGUUAGUUUCUUUUUGAGACGAAACUGGAUCGGCCGGAUUCGUCUAGUGCUCACUGUCUUUGGAUUCCCUUACACCGUGUGCACCUUCGCAAUAAGGCCUGCCAUUUCCUGCUCACAUUCUCAUCCUUUCAGAGCCAGUAAAACAGUCAGACCCAUUGCUUCCAGUUGCUGCAACCCUUACAUGACCAGUGUCUGGACAAUGCUAUCCUCAGCAGCGCCUCAUGUAAAGUCCAGAUGUCCACAGUAUCCAGGAUCCAGUAUUAAGCGCUUCCCAGUGCCUGAUGACAAGCUGGACUGGAAUCAAGAUUGGCCACAGUAUGAUCCAGUCAGCUACACCGCCCCUAUACUACUGAAUAAACCAACAUGGGCAGAUCCUGAUAUUGGCUUGUUCUCUCCACAGUUCAACACUGUGGAUGGUGCUGUGGACAGGACAAGCUUUGAAGGCAGCUACAAAGUGGAAGAUGGAAAGCCACUAAACCCUCAUGGACGCACAGGGUUGAUUGGUAGAGGUUUGCUUGGGCGAUGGGGGCCCAAUCACGCAGCAGAUCCAAUUGUGACCAGAUGGAAAGUAGAUGAGAAAGGAGCGAAGAUCCAUCACUCAGUGUCCCAACGGCCUAUUCUGCAGUUUGUGUCCAUCAAGAGGAAAGACUGUGGGGAGUGGGCCAUCCCUGGGGGGAUGGUAGAUCCAGGGGAGCAGGUUUCUCUCACGCUGCAGCGGGAGUUCUCGGAAGAAGCUUUAAACUCGCUUUCACUCCAGCCGUCAGAGAGAGCAGAACUCUAUGAGCGCAUCACCAAACUCUUCGAUUCACCACAAUUUCAGGUCUAUAAAGGCUAUGUGGAUGAUCCUAGAAACACUGACAAUGCUUGGAUGGAGACAGUUGCUGUUAAUUUCCAUGAUGGCUCAGGAGACAGUGUGAGUGAGCUACCGCUGCAAGCUGGAGAUGAUGCAGGACAAGUCCAGUGGGUUGACGUUGACUCAUCUUUUGCCCUCUAUGCAAGUCAUUCCCAUUUCCUGGAGCUGGUUGCCAGGGAGAGGAAAGCCCACUGGUAACCCAGGAUGAAAGACUGUUCCGACACCACAGUGAAGGAAACACUAUUGCUCUUAGUCUGCUGAGGGUGCUUGGGCUUUGAAAGUGCAUGACUUCUAAUCCUACAUGAAUCUUUGCUCACUAAUUUAAACAUAAUAAUGACAGUUAGAUUAUUGAAAGUCUAAUAUGCAUUGUAGCGAAAAUUACUACAAUUUAUGAAUAUGAAUUUUAACAUUUAAUACCUUGUAACGUCAUUUAAAGGAGAACACACUUUCUAAUAAUAAACAAUUCAUUUAUUCAGUCUC